AUGCUGUUACAUCGCAAUCAGCAUGAAAUCGUAAUGAGUACCAGCAACGGAGAAAUCAUAUUUUGGGAUUUGCGAAAUAAUGCUGCUAACAGCAUUAUCCCCGAUCCCGAGGGUGGUCCGAUUCACAGUUUAUCAAUCGAUCCGGAUGUCACAUCACUAGCUGCUGUCAAUUCCUCCGGGCAAUUGAUGGUUUGGUCUCUCAAUGGAAACUCUGUUUGGAAGCCGCUGGAACGGUAUCGGUGCCAAGUUCACCCAACUUACGCUCUCAAAGUGCAAUUUUCCCCAGAUAGCACAUUGCUUGCAACUUGUGGAGCGGAUGGAAAAUUCAAAAUCUUGAAAACGGCCGAUUUUAGUGUUGUCACUUCUCAGAAAGUCAGUCCUUCCGGUUUGUUUUGGGUUUGGGAUUGUGCGUUUUCCGCCGAUUCCCGAUUCCUAUUAACUGCUACUUCGGACGGAAUCGCGCGUUUGUGGAAUUUGGAGACGGGUGAAGUACCGGUGGAAUACAAAGGACACCAGCGAGCUAUUACUUGUAUGGCCUUCCGUGAUCAAUCCCUUUCCUGA